AUGCCCGGGGCCGGCCGAGCCGCGGGCGUGCGCCGCCUGCGCCCGCAGCCGUCGGAGGAGCCGCCCGCGCAGGAGGAGGACCAGAACCUUCUCCUGGCAGCUGCCUAUGUUUCUGAUGCCCAGUACAACAGAAAUGUUCCAUUUGAAACGUCUCCUCGGGCCAUCAGACUUUACUAUUUUUAUAACCACUGGACAAUGCAAGUAGCCAUCUACUUCUUUAUUUGUGUCGACCUCUCUCUCGCCCUGUUUGAAGAACCGGCACUGUUUCCCCUGCCUUUCUUGGCUACCUCGUUAGCAGAAGUACUCUGUCUGACUGCAUUCUUUGGGAGACUUGUACAUUUUGCAAAAGUCACUCCUCAAAUGGUUUUCUGGAAGGAUACGAAAAACAUCUGCAUCAUGGUAACCAUCGUGCUGACCUUGAUUGAUCUGAUUAUCUAUGGAUCCCUGGAAGCUGUGAACGUCCACAGCGUUCGAUGGUCAAGGGCCUUAAGACCAGUCUUCCUAAUUAACUUCCCUGAAAGUCGUCAGAUCCGAAGAACUUUCAGAAGCAUCCGGAACACUCUGCCCGAUAUUCUCUACGUCUUCCUCCUGUUUAUGUUCAGUGUGCUGAUGUUCUCCCUUAUGGCCUUGAAGCUUUUUGGGGAUAGGGGUCUUAAAACAGUGGAAGGAUUGCCCUACUUCACAAAUAUCCUGGACAUAGUGUUUGAGCUCUACGUGCUGGUCACUACCGCGAACAGCCCUGAUGUCAUGAUGCCUGCCUAUAACUUCAAUUGGUGGUACUGUCUGUACUUUAUAACCUACACCAUCAUCAAUACCUACAUCUUCAUGUCCGUCUUUCUGGCCGUGGUCUACAACAAUUAUAGGAAGCACUUAAAGAAUGAGAUUCGCAAACUGGCGUACCUGAAACGUCACAAAAUGAUAGAGGCGUUCAACAUUCUGAAAGUCAAGGUGGGCACAGAGUUUGUGGUCAUGGAGGCCCAGUGGAGGCGGCUGGCCAAGGUCGUGGCACCACACAUCAGCAGUCCCCACCUGGAGCUCCUCUUGAGGAUCUCCGACGAGGGACAGAAGGGGCACGUGGACAAAGUGAACUUUCUACGCUUGGCCGAUCUCCUCAACAUUCAGGUGGUCACCAUCAACAUCAGGAGACACCCACUGGAAGACUGGAUGCCUCGGGUAUACCGGUCAUCUGCAAGCCUCUUGGUCCAGAGGAUGGUUCAGCACAGGAUUUUUGUCUGGGUUUAUGAUGUCAUCAUUCUAAUAAAUGCCAUAUUCAUUGCUCUGGAUGAGAGAAACCCCUUCAUUUCCUACGCAGAAUGGCUUUUCCUUUCUCUCUACAUUAUUGAAAUUCUCCUGAAACUGUACACAUACGAGCCCAGAGCCUAUUUUGGCAGAAGGCAGUUCUGGAACUGGUUUGAUACGCUGAUCAUCAUCGCGGCCCUGGUGGCCACUGUGGCCAACACCACCAUUCAGUCAGCAAGAAAAUACAACAGUCAGCAGAUACUGGAUAUUGUGCUGAUCUUGAGGAUACUCCGGCUCUUAAGGAUCAUCGUCAGCAUUCAGAGGUUCCGGGUCAUCGUGACGACCUUAAUUAACAUUGGGCCCACGAUACUGACGUUCGGUGGACUCGUCUUGGUGGUCUACUACGUGUUCGCUAUCAUCGGGAUGGAAGCAUUCCAUGGCAAAGUCCGGUUCUCUGACCCGAAUUUCACCAGUCCUGAUGCUCUGGUGUGUGGGAACCCAGCCUUGAAAGAUUCAGCAUUUGCCCGAGACAGGUACUGCAAGAACAACUUCAACGACCUGGCCUCCUCGUUCAUCGUGCUGAUGGAGCUCACGGUGGUUAACCAGUGGCACAUCCUCGCGGGCGGCUUUGCCCUCGUGACUCACCAGGCGGCAAAGCUGUACUUCAUCGGCUUCCACAUCGUGGUCGUCAUUCUCAUCGUUAAUAUUUUCAUAGCAUUCAUCUUGGAGGCAUUUUUUGUGGCAUAUUCCUUAGAGAAAAGUGAAGUAGAAACUGCUAUCGAGAAGAAGAUUCAAGAGCUCGGAGUGGGAAUCCAAGAAGAAGAAAUGCAGGACGGGAAGCUCGUUGAUAACGUGGAUGCUAAGGACAGUGGCUUUAGUGGGGACGAUGGAGACAACAAAAGGAAGGACCUGAAAGGCUUGUACUUCAGAAUUGCAUCCAAAAAGUACAGGACCGUGGACGCCUUGCUGCAGCAGAUGUUUGAGUCUGAAAUUGCCCCAGAGGAGGAAGGCCCUUCGUUGGAUGAGAUUCUGAACUUUUCACCCGGUGACCUGUAUCCCAAGAAUCCCAAUUUCGAAAACAGUGCGUAAUCCUGGACCUUUAAGGGUGCACACGUGGAAACCAAGCUGGGCGGCCAUCCCUUCUGGCUUAUUCUAUCUAGAGGUGAUUUUCCCAGCCCGGGUCGCUCUGUGCUGUGACCAGCCUGCGCAUCGGCCCCUCCUGCCCUGAGCCACCAGCUGAAAGGUGUGGAAAGGCUGCUUCCGAGUGCCCCGCCUGGGGUUGUUCUGAGGUCUGAUCAGGGCAGUAAGGAGGGGGAAAUCUUGGAAGAGAUUUUGAGGGGCACUUAUCAUACACAUGGACCUACCCGUGUGACGUCCCUUCAGUGGGUGUGUAAAAGCUUUUCAUUUAUUUUUAUGUGAUAUUUUGCGAUUCUAUUAAAUCACACGCUACAGUGUUACAUGAA